CGUAUCAACGGGAAGAUAGAAUCACAACCAUUUAAACGUGUUUCUGUUGAGGAUUCGAUUCGAAGCACAGUUAACCUUACUGACAACCUUUAGAUGAGAUACACUCGGCGUGCAGCAUUUUAUGCUAUCGUUUUUCCGUGUAGUGUGGCGAAGGGAAUCGAUAUUGCUUGACCCCAGGCGUGGCAAUGACUUCAUGACGUCACACAAUUCUACCCUACCAAUCGAAAGUUCGCCGACUGUGUCGCUGCUAUGGCUGCCGUACGUUCUGAUUGCCACUGUGUUUAUCGUCUUCCUGGGAAUCAACUUUUGGUGUUAUCACAAACGGAAUCGGGAACGUUACCUGAGGAAGAGGGACGAAAAAAGGGUAAAGGACGGUCUGUACGAAAGGCGACGCAUAAUUGCUCUGAUGAGGGCUCAAUUCCAGGUCAAACUCCCAUCAGCCAAUCAGGACAUGUCUCCCAGAAGUCCUGGCGACCUUGGAUUAGGGUUAGCGGAAGUUCAGAAAAGGGAGAUAACUCUGGAUCAGAAUGGUUCGCUGCUCCGCCAUAGCCUUCGAGAAAGCGUCGAGGACAGCUUUGACUAUGCUGACGAUAUACAUUCCAGUAUUAACGAUCUAGAUGAUCCUUUGUAUGAUCGAUCCAGCCUCAAGAGAAUUAUGUUUGUGUCAAGUGUGUGUUCAACGGAUAUGAGCGGUGGUGGCAAUGGUCAGAGUAAUCUUUUGUCAAAACGAGGCAUGUCCGGGGACAAUGGGAGUGUUCACACAGUGUGUAAAUAAUAAUUUCUUAAGCUACUAGUACAUAAUCCUGGAUGAAUACAUUCCUUUUAUGGAGACAUAUGCCAACAUGAAUGCGUUUUAAUUGUCACAGGAGAACCAUUGUCAAAUCGAGUACAGUAUUCAAAGAAUUAUAACUUGAAAACGGUACGUUUGACAUGGAGACCAAUGAAUGGUUUCAAAGAUACAUGGACAUAGCUUAACAUACCCUUGAUCAAGUGUGGAGGAUGCGAUAUCGAAGCCAUCAUGGAGCAUAAAAUCUCUAUUGGUGUUCAUGUACAGUAAACUAUGGUUAUAACGAACUCAAAGGGACCAUUAAUUUUAGGUCGUAAUAACCGUAGUUCGUUAUAAGCAUAUAUACAACAUAUAUACAACAAAUGGCCGGGACUUAAAAAUAAGUUCGUUAUAUCGGUCAGUUCGUUAUAAGCGUGUUUGUUAUAAACGUAGUUUACUGUACGUGUAAAUGUUCACCGAGUAAAAUCCAUUUUGGUAUAUGUGAAUGUUGAUGAAGGAAAAGCUGACCACAGAGUGCUCAAAUAUAAUAGAAGGCCCUCUGGAGUCACAUUCUUUCGUAUUUGUUUUAUUAUUUAAUAUGUUUAAAAGGAACGUAUUCCAAGCGAGGUAGAAUUGGAUUUACCCUUUUUUAAACGUAUAGGCAUUGUUCGGGUUAAACCUUCAAAUGUACCGACAUUAGAGGCGAUUCGUCAUUGUCAUUUAAUCCAGCUCAAUUUCUGCGGAACCUUCUCUCGCCAAGACAAACCUAUGUUUUCAAAGAAAGAACUUGAAACUGUGUUGAGAAACUUAUUUUAAGUUUAAACCAAGCAAGAGAGAAUAAAUACAAAAUCGAUUUUCUCCCCACAUAUCUGAAUUGGUUUAUGCGAGAAAUAACGUCUGUAUAUGCAUAGAGACAUGAUUUGGACAAAGAGAAAUAUGAUUUGUAAUAUGAUUAUGGCAUGAACUUUAUUCCACGAGUCACGUGGGAGAGUUAUGUAUCUGCAGUGAACGCAGUAAUGUCGAUUCCGGGCACAUGUAUUGUAUAUUCGUGGCACCACUUCAGUGAAUAGUUAUACUACUGCAAGUUUCGGUUAGAAAAUACGCCGUGGUGUAUCGAUUACACAUUCAACGGCGAACAUACAUGAUGGGUUUAUUGUGUAUUGUAUGAAGAAUGAAAUCCCCGAAGGAGGUCUGACUAAAAGAUUUCGGCAUUGUUUCUUCGACUAUAGCUCCGAACUUAUAUACGAAACCUUUCCAGUUUUAGUAAGCGUACAAUUAAACAAAGAGUGUUGAUUAAAGUUUCUUGUAAUGUGUUUUAGAAUGAGAAAACAAAUUUGUAAACCACCGAAACAAUUGUCAACUUAUCACGGAGGCUUUAUGCUUCAGAGAGCAGUAAAUGGUAUUGUCAGUUUUGAACAUUUCCGGUUGCCAUAUGCUUUAAAAAUGUUACAGAUAAACUUUAUUUAUUCGAAAUUCAUCACCUCUAUUAAGGACUGACCAUUUCAUGUUUUGGGGUCUUUAGGGGGCUGGGAUUUUCUCGGAAGAAAGAAAUUGCCCCAGACAAUGUUUGACAACCAUACAACUUACGCUUCAGAUGUUUAAAAAAAGAAAAGGUUUGCCAUACAUAUUACAUUGUCGCAAUGUGUUUUUGCAAGAAAAUAUUUAGGCUCAUAGUUCUGAUUAAAACAUAUCUGGUUUUGUAACUGUAGCAGAAAAAAUAUCUCCAUUCAAAAUCACCCAGUCACCCCUUAUCCUCGCCCUAAAUUUCAAAUGGUCUUUCCCUUAAUUAAAUGUGAUAUAAUGAUCCCAGUAGAAUGCAGAUGGCCCGCAUGAAAUUCGGGUUCAGGUCGCAAAAUGCCAACACAAGUUUCCAAGCUCCAAUAUCCUCUAAUUUACUUUGAUCAUACUAUUUCAAUUAUAGAUGACGUCAUUAUUACUAAAUGAUCAUUGAAUGAUUUAUCGCUCACCCCUAAAACAACUAACAAAGAAUCGUUUACCCGGUAUCAAGAUAAUGUUAAACAACUGUGUACUGAUAGUGGAUAGUGCUACGGCCUACGAGACAAGACUAAUUUCGCGUCAGCCCAAAAGGUCAUGUGUAACUUGGAGAAUAUUCACACGUAAAUAGUCGUGGCAGAGUCAAUUCCGUGCAAGUCGUGUCAUUAUAGCUCUUAUGUUGUCACAGUGACAUGCAUGUAGCCGUAAUGACAAAUAUGUUUUUCAUCUCCCUGUCAAUAUCAUUUUUCACCAAAGCUGUUUUUGAACACAUUGCCCAGUACGACAUCAUGCAAUCAUGGUUAUAAAUAUUGCAUUAACGGUCCAUAAAAUCAGCACAUUGUUUUUUUAUUUAGAUAACGGCUAAGCAUGAUUAAAUCAAGUUUUGUUUUUACAACCCACGUGAUUCAAUUUUUAAAUUAUGUUCAACAAAAUUGCCUGCAUCCUAGGAGUGUAUUUCAUCGAGGCCCUAGCAAGUUGAAUUCUUUUCCGCUGAUUUCCCCCCAAACUUAUACGAGGACGAAUGUGGUUGGUAUAUUUGUAAAGUAAAUUUGAUUGAUUUCAGAUGCUGAGCAAUUUCAUUAUGAUUUCUAUUUCGACAUGGUCAUAACUCAUGUCCUGGAGAAGUGCAAAACAAUAGACACUUCUCAGUUUAAAUUUUAGUGUUUUUCUUCACCUUCGGAUAAGUUUUAAUCAGUUUAUUAGUUUAAUUAAAAUAAUGUACUUUACAUAACGGACAACUGCGAUACUGGUUUCCGUAAGAAACUGAACAACACUGAACUAUGUUCAACAAAAGAACCAAACCAAAGCCUGCCGGGGAACCGGUGGCCUUGUGUUGCUUCCCGUAGCUGGUAAUCCAUUCGUCACCGCUCGCACCUUUCCUGGACCAUGAUCUGUCAUAUGUAAUUUUCUAAAAGUAUUUUAAUAUGCUACAUAAAUGUAUGGAUUAAUGGGUGUUAAAUAGUUCAGAUUUCUAAGGGAAGUCAUGCUUCAUCAUAUAUGCUUAAUCACUACCCGUAAACGUGGAGCAUUUCAAAUCGGGCUCGAUCAGUCGCUUUUCGAAGGUGUCUCAAUAAUAAACACUACAAAAUAGUCUAUACAAUUUCCUAAUAAACUAGAGAUAUGAACGCGGAGAAUAACCAGUCUGAAUUAUCAAACGACACAGAUUACAUUGGACUAAAAAGUAAAAAUAGCCGUGAAAAUUGAAUGAAUGGAUCAAACUUACAUCAAACAGAAUUCUGAAAAUACUUCAAGUGACGUUUUGCUUCGGCUCUUUCAAAUAUAAUUAUAUCAUACCAUUCGUCAUGCAUGUUCAUAUAUCGCACCUAUAUUUACGAAAUGAAUAAGAAUUUAUAUCACUUAUUAGUGAAAGAUGAUAUAUUUGUUUGAAGCCAUGCUAUCACUGAAAUAAUGUAUUUGAAGGCGAUGGGGGUAGCCAAGUGGUUAAAUCGU